GUCAUAUCUAGCCAUCUCCUCUUCUGUCAUCCUUAUAGUGAAAGCAGAGCAAACAACUAACAAGGAUGCCAGAAGAAGAUGAAAACGCAGAGAUCAUCACCUUCCUCAAGAAAGAACUCGAAGACUCUCUCGAAAAGAAGGGUUCAUUGGAGAAAGAAAAUCAUGAGCUCAGACAAGAAGUUGCCCGUCUCAAAUCUCAAAUAACUUCCCUCAAAGCACACAACAGUGAGAGAAAAUCUGUUCUCUGGAAGAAGUUUCAGAACUCUAUGGAGAAUAAUUAUACUGACGCAUCUCAACAGAAACAAUCAGCUUUUGUAGAUAUAUCAGAGCAAAGUCCUGCCAAAGAGAAAAUGUGUCCAAGACCAGACAACACAGAAUCUCAAGCCACAAAGGAAAGGCCAGCAAGAUUACCAACCAACGCACCACCACCACCAAGGCCUCCUCCAAUUUCACCCAAGGAGGUGAAAGAGAAUAAAGGGCUAUCAGCACCAGCACCGCCACCUCCGCCUCCGCCCUCAAAAUCACUCCUCGGAUCCAAAGGAGUCCGCCGUGUGCCAGAAGUAAUUGAGCUGUACCGUUCACUUACAAGGAAAGAUCCACACAUGGAGAACAAAGCCAACCCCGCAGGAGUUCAUGUUUUUGCUCUUACCAAGAACAUGAUCGGAGAAAUCGAAAACCGUUCAUCUUAUCUUUCAGCUAUAAAGUCAGAGGUCGAAACACAAGCAGAAUUCAUCAAUUUCCUGAUCAGUGAGGUUGAGUCUGCAAAAUUUACAAACAUUGCUGAUGUAGAAGCAUUUGUAAACUGGCUGGACCGGCAGCUGUCUUCCUUGGUUGAUGAGAGGGCAGUGCUUAAACAUUUCCCGCAGUGGCCGGAACGAAAAGCGGACACGCUGCGGGAAGCUGCUUGCAACUACAGAGACCUCAGAAAUCUGAAAUCUGAAGUCGCAUCAUUUGAAGACAACAUGAAAGAGCCAAUGAUCCUUGCUCUAAGAAGAAUGGAAGCAUUACAAGACAGGUUGGAAAGAAGUGUUAGCAGUGCAGAGAGGACAAGGGAGAGUGCCAGCAAGAAAUACAGAGAUUUCCAGAUCCCAUGGGAAUGGAUGCUAGACUCAGGGCUGAUGGGCCAGAUGAAAUUAAGUUCACUAAGGCUAGCCAAAGAGUAUAUGAAAAGGAUUAUCAAGGAAGUUCACUCUAGUGAUUGCUCAAGAGAAGAUAAUCUUUUGCUUCAAGGAGUUCGGUUCGCUUUCCGGGUACACCAGUUUGCAGGUGGUUUCGAUUCAGAGACCGUACUUACAUUUGAGGAACUGAAGAAGAUAGGCACGAAUAGUAGCAGAAAUGGCACGCUUUAGCAAUAUACUUGAAUCCUAAAUUGAUCAGUGGGAUACAAGCAGACCAGUAGUAGCACAAACUGUGUUUUGUAAAAUGGCUAAUGGCAUAAAAUGUGUUCGAAAAUUAUUAACUUGGUCAGACUGCCAAAUUAUCAGAACAUAAAUUCCCCCCGCUCCUCACCCAAUAUCGCUUGUAUAAAAAAUAAAAAUGAUCAUCAUAGAUCAUGAGAUUUUGGGGGCAACUACCAUUGGAUUGUCAUGGGCCACAUUUUACUAGAAAAUUUCAAAGGUAGACCAAAAUUUCAUUGAUCAAA